UUGAGGACCUGUCCUCCAUUUUCUUUAUUAGCUAACACAACCUCCUUUUCUUUUAUCUCACUGAAGCAUAUUACCCAUGAACAGUUAGUCGACAGUUAUAUACGUCUUUGCUAAGCGGCAUUACUUGAGACUGGACAGAGUGAGCGGGUUGUGUCAACAUUUGCAGUCACUCGUCACCUUGCAGGUGCAGACCAGCAGACAUUCAGCAGCCGCACCUCGACCAGCAGACACCUGCCUCACAAUGGUGAACUUUAGAGUGGUUUUGGUGGCGGCGACGGCACUGGUGGUUACUGAAGCCAUGCCUCAAGGCUUCUUCGACCAGAUUGGCAAAUUGGCAACCUCUGUCGCUGACCAAGUGCGCGAAACUGCUUCUAGUGUCGGGGCUUCAGUGUCUGAAGGAGCCACACAGUUUGGCUCUGCGGUGAAGGACACCUUCAACGAUGCAGUGGAGGGUGCAAAACAAACGGCGGACUCUGUGUCUGAAGGCGCCACCCAGUUCGGUUCUUCAGUGAAGGACACCUUCAACGAGGCGGUGGAGGGUGCGGAGAAAGCUGGGGAUUCCGUGGCUGAAGGAGCCACACAGCUCAGCUCAGCGGUGAAGGAUACCUUCGGCGAGGCUGUUGAAGAUGCAAAAGAAACUGCAGGCUCUGUGUCUGAGGGUGCCGCACAGCUGGGCUCAGCGGUGAAGGACUCGGUCAGCGGGGCGGUGGAAGAGGUCAAAGAAAAAGGAAGCAGCGGUGUGGCAGCUGUGAAGGAUACUCUAAGUGAAACGGUGGAGGAUGCAAAGAAAGCCGCAGACUCUGUGUCAGAGGACGCUACUCAGCUUGGCUCCUCGGUACAGGAAACCUUAAGUGAAACGGUGGAUAAGGCUCACGAAGUAGGAAGUAGCAGUGUGGCAGCUGUGAAGGAUACUGUCAGCGAAACUGUGGAGGGUGCAAAGAAAGCAGCAGACUUUGUGUCAGAAGGUGCUAUACAGCUUGGCUCUUCGGUGAAAGACACCGUCAGUGAAGCAGUGGAUAAGGCUCACGAAGCAGGAAGCAGCAGUGUGGCAGCGGUGAAAGACACCUUCAACGAAGCGAUGGAGGGUGCACGGGAAACUGCAGAAUCUGUGUCAGAAGGUGCCACACAGCUCGGCUCCUCGGUGAAAGACACUGUCAGUGAGGCGGUGGAUAAGGUUCAUGAAGUAGGAAGCAGCAGUGUGGCAGCGGUGGAGGAGACUGCCCGAGUGGCACGUGAUGUAGGGAGCAACAGUGUGGCGUCUCUGGUGGACAUUGCCUCCAGCGAUCUCCUGCCUCCCACACCUUUCAGAAGCGUCUUUGAGAUGGCCCAGAAGACCCUGAAGGAAGCCGGGCAGUUUGCUGAAGAGAUGAACAGGAGAGGCAUGGACAUUAAAGACCUCGAGAUCGAUUUGGAUGCAACAAAGAACUAGAUGAACUAUUGUGUGCAAAAUAAUGAUACGAAUCUUGUUGAACAGUGCAAAGCAUUGCUUCCAUGUUUGCCAUAUUUUAUUGCUUUCAUGAAACAAAAAAUCCCUUUUGGACAUAAUCACUAACGGAGGAUUUUUUCACGUUUGAAGUAGUUAAAUGGCUGCAUGUUUUGUAUUAUGCUUCUUUGGAAAAUUCUCUCUCUUGCUUGUAAAAUAUUUUGAAGAUUUUAACACUAAAAUCUUAUUAAGCUUUAAUGUAGACACGACUCUCGAAAGUGCCUCCUGAUAAUAAAUUAACCUGUUUAGGAGAAAAACUGGUGCUUUUUCGGUAUGCAUUACAAGUUACAGUUGCAAAAGUCUUCGAGUUAGCCAAUUUAUUUGCACCUUUGAGCUUCGUGUCGGUUAACAUAUUUUGUUAAUAUCUAAAACGUGGAUACAGUAUGAGAGGAUACAGUAUGUGCUAAUUUGUCCAUAAAAUACUUUGUUAAAAGUAAAUGUAAUGGCAGUGGUUUAGUGGAAGAUGAAUUUGGUUUACUCGACAUGUUUAAAAAAAGAAAUAUGAUACUGUAAUAUACCUAAGAAAAAAUGCAUUUUUGUGUUAAGGUAGCGCUAACAACAAAGCAAAUAUAUACAUUUGAAGAUUAGAAUGUAAUUUUAUACAAAAACUCAAAAUUCAGGUUGGUACUGUAUUGGGAGAGUAGUAGAUACAUGUAGUACAACUGAAGCA